AUGCUCCUCCUCCACCAGACCGGCAUCCUCAAAAUCGGCGAGGUCGUCCGCUACACCGUAACCUAUACGCCCUCGGCCGACCGGAUCCUGCCCUCGCCGCACGCCCUCCACCUCAAGCUCAAGAACACAUCCGCGAUCGCCCUUCGCGCGGCCUUCGUCCACGGGCCCUACACCCUGUACGUGGCGGCCUACCCGAAGGGCUUCCAUCCGAACGAGCGUUUUGAGCGGCCGGGGACCUACGGCGUCCCGGAGUUCGAGCCGAACCUCAAGGCCGGGGGCACGUUCUGCGCGCAGCUUGCCGUGCCGGAGAAUGUGCGUGGGACAGCGGGGGGUGUGGACUGGCGAGAGAAAUCUGCCGGUUCGAAAGAUGACAGGGAAUGGGAAGAGGGGAAGGGAGGCGGAGGGGGAGGAGAGAAGAGCGUCAGUUGGAUCAUUGAGGUUUCGAGCCAGGUCGUCUUUUCGAACUCGGCGGCCGUGCAUUAUGAGCUGCUGCUGGGGCGUGAUGAGAAGAGUUUGAGUUUGGGGCUUGCAAGUGGCUUGACGGGGGCUGGGGAGAAGAGUUCCGCUGGGCAGGUGGGGGAUUUGCAAGGGCGUGUGCAGGAACUGGGCAUGGGAACGGGGAGGGGUGAGGGACCUGGGAAGUUGCCGAAGGGGGUCUUCAGUCGGGCGAUUAUUGUCAAGGUGGACGAUACGGCGAGUCUGUGGAAUACGCCUAGGAUGCCGGAGUGGGAUGAUCAGGAUUCGAACAACGAGGGAGAAAAGGGGCAUGCGGCGCCGGCUCAAAGCGCUGGUGAUGUUGGGAAGGGGAAUGAAGAAGGAGAUGGACAUAGGACGAAGAGGCAAAAGAAGGUGCAUUUGGUCGUAUUGACGCAUGGACUGCAUAGCAAUCUGGGGGCCGACAUGCUGUUCUUGAAGGAGAGUAUCGACGAAGCGGCGAAACAAGCAAAGAUCGAUGCCAGGAUCCGGAAAGCCAAGAGAAAGCAAGAGAGAGGACGCUGUCCUGGACCCGACAGGGAUAACACAGGCGCUGAAAACGACACCCAGGGAGCCGAUGAGGGAGAAGAUGAGGACGAAGAGGAAGUUGUUGUCCGAGGCUUCUCUGGAAACUGUGUCCGAACGGAAAAGGGUAUCAAAUACCUCGGAAAGCGACUCGCGAAAUAUGUUCUGCUGAUGACCUACCCGGAUCAGCCGUACAAACCCGUCACCAAGAAAUCCGCGGCCUCUAGUCUGUCGCAUGCGAUGAGACCAGAGCAUACAGCGGGAAAAUCAGCGGGCAAGGCCGGUGGACAGCCAUCGCACGAUAACAGCGCUAUUAUUAAGGCUCCGCAAAUAGAAACGAAAUUGGCGUAUAAGUUCACGAGCAUCAGCUUUAUUGGUCACUCUCUGGGUGGUCUAAUACAGACGUAUGCAGUGGCAUAUAUACAGAAGCAUUCGCCAGAGUUCUUCGACUUGAUUGAGCCGAUCAAUUUCAUUGCCAUGGCUUCGCCGUUCUUAGGUCUUAGCAAUGAGAAUCCGAUGUAUGUCAAGUUUGCGCUGGACUUUGGCCUCGUGGGAAGAACUGGCAAGGAUCUUGGUUUGACCUGGCGGGCACCGACAAUUGCACGAAGCGGGUGGGGUGCUAUUGUUGGGGGCAUUGGGGAAAGUGCUCAUAAAAGAGAGAGUGCUCCUGAGGCGAAACCCUUGCUGCGGAUAUUACCCACAGGCCCGGCUCAUGUUGUGCUGAAGAAGUUCAGGAAUCGCACAGUCUACUCUAAUGUUGUCAAUGAUGGAGUGGUUCCUCUACGAACGAGCUGUCUUCUGUUCCUGGACUGGCAAGGUUUGGGCCGUGUGGAGAAGGCUAGGAGAGACAACGGCUUAGUCGGUACGAUGGCAAGCUGGGGCUGGGCAGAGAUCACUGGAGCUAACUCCAGCUCUCCUUCGCGAAGGGCUUUUACAGACGGUGUAGCCAGCGACACCGAAGAGACAGGGGUCAAUACUCCUACCACCGAGGGGCAUAAAGGAGAUGUACCUCAGCCUUCGCCCUAUGCCACACUCGAGGAUGACGUUCUAAGCCCGAAGGGUUUUGAGAGACCAGCUACUGGUGGUGCACAACAUUCUCAAACUUCUUCGGCAGAGCCUACGAAUAAUGUAGGCCCUUUGGCAAGCAUCAUGAAGUUUUUCAACCCCGCUUCUAGUCAAGGCCCGAAGCAUCACAAUGAUCAUCCCAAGCACACAAAGAUUUACAGGCGCAGCCAGACUCUGCGUAUGGGAAGUGAAACCGAUGUGGCAUCUGACUCUUCGAUCGCCACUCAGGAGUCCUAUCCAAAGAAAAACUCACGCGGCAAAGCAACAACGGGCGACGAAGAAGACCCCGAGAGGCUCCUAGCACCUCCCAAGACCACCCUCUUCGAAUCAGCAGGCGAUAUCAUUAAACCCCCUCUUCCACCAACCGAGUUUAUCAUAAACCCCUCAUCGCGCGCACGAACAAUCUUCCACGACCGCGUUUAUCACCCAGAAGACAUUCCCCCACCACCCUUCAAGAAGCGCCCGAUCGGGCGCCGCUCCUCCUUUAAAGCCACAGAGUCCUCGCCAACUGGGUCAAAGCACACCGACUCUGCGCUCUCCACCCAUGACUACGACGACACGCGACAUACAAACCCCGACAAAGACCCGCGCGAUGUCAUUGAUGGCAGUGCUAUGAAGGUCGAAGAGAAGAUUGCGCGAGCCUAUCAUCGCGAUCUCUCUUGGCGAAAGGUGCUUGUAAGACUGGAGCCGGACGCGCAUAAUAACAUGGUUGUAAGACGAAUGUUUGCAAAUGCCUACGGAUGGCCUGUGAUCAAGCAUCUCUGCGACACCCAUUUCGGGGACUCUGAAGCAGCAAACACCCGCGACGAGGAUGAGAGUAACGCUGAGCGCGCUCGCGAUACGAAUGAAGGGCCAGCUCAAGACGGCGGGGAAACCAACGACCCCGAAACGCAUGAACCACUGGAAGAGUCCAGACGUACGGACUCUGAAGUCAGAGAAGCUAUAGACUCUGUGCCGGAUAUGAGCUCGCCGCCCAGGCCUGGCAGGUUGGGAAGGGCGCCGACGGGAAACAAGUUGACCAUUUCCCUGCCGAGUCCGGGGGGAGGUAAGAAGGGUGAGAGUGAGAGUGAGACAACGUGGAGCGAUAGGGACUGGGCGGAUAGUGAGUUUGAUAGCGAUGACUGUUGCGAUACUCCUGCUACCAGACCCCCCAGCGGAGGGUGGAAUUGGACCGAGGCUAUCGCCGGAAAGGGGACCGCGGCCAGUCCCCGAGGUACCGAGCCGAGCGAAAUUGACCGAUUCUUGGGCCAUCAGAGGUUCGGGACGGAUGGGGCGAGCGACGUGAAGAAGGCGGGCAGCCCGGAACGUAAAGUCGACCUUGAGCUGGCGGCUGAGGCGGAUGCGCAUGCGCUGCCGGUUCCGAGUACGGGCGAGGCGCCGAUAGAUAGCGGCGGCGUAUUGUUGGACGCAGUAGGGAGGCUGCAGGUUGGUGCUGCCGAUGAAGGGGUAUCUGGUAAAGAGGAGGGGAUAAGGGUUGGGGAGGACACGGGAUAA